UUAAGUUGUUAAUAUCACUAUUGCCAAAAUUUAAAAAAAAACGUUAAAAGAGAGGUUCAACUAGGGUUUUAGCAUUGCGCUUCCAAAACCAUUCUUCUCCCCCAUUUUCGACUUCCUUUGGGAAUUCAAGCGAAAAUGACUUUCUGGGGGAUUGAAGUGAAACCAGGCAAACCAUUUACUUUUAAUGCUGAAGAUUUGAGUGGAAAGCUAAUUUUAACUCAGGCCACCUUGGGAACUGGUUCAGCAACGAAGAAGAGCAUUCUUCAGGUCAAUGUAGGAGAUAAGAGUCCAGUCUAUCUCUGCACUUUGCUGCCUGACAAGACAGAGUCUUGUUCGUUGAAUCUUGAAUUUGAUGAAGAUGACGAUGUGAAGUUCUCUGUUGUCGGGCCAACUAGCAUUCACCUAUCUGGCUUUGUUCAGGGCGAUGUUGAACAUGAGUGUGAUUCUGACUCAUGUGGGGAAGAUAUCUCUGAGACUGACUCCGGGAGCAGUGAAUAUGAUUCUGAAGAUGGUUUAGGGGAUGAUUUUGUUGAUGAUGAUGAUGUUCCCAUUUUCCCACCUUCACCUGUCCGAAAGAGUGGAGUUGUUAUCGAGGAGAUAGUGGAUGAUGAGAAGGCUGCAACUGAAAACGGUGGAACCAAGAAGGGAAAGAAGAAAAAACAGUUGGGUGAUUCUGACAAUGAAAAAAGAGCUGAACAGCAGAUCGUUGUGAAGGGCGAUAUUGUUGCCUCAGUGCUGGAAAGUGAAGAUGAAGAUGAAGAUGGAUUUCCAGUUUCUUCAUCACGUAAAAGUGAAGCUAAUUCUGAGAAUUCUAAAGCAAACACAACAACCAUAGCUGAUGAAGGGAAGAAAAAGAAAAUCAAGAAGGACGAAGCAAAACAUGAAGAUGAAUCUUCAAAAAGUUUAAAACGGAAGGUUGAUGCCAUCAAUCAUGAACAGAAAAGUGAUGCUACUGAAGCUGCUGAUGGAGAUGCAUCUGAAAACAAGAAAAAGAAGAAACAAAAGAAGAAAAAGAAGGGGAAGACAGAGGAUGAUGAAGAGGGUGCAAAUUUGAAGCAAGAUGCACCAGAAGAUAAGCAGAUACAUAAAACUGAUAAAGAAGCCAAGAAAUCUACAGCUAAGGUUGCCAGAGUUAGGAACUUUCCUAAUGGACUUGUCAUAGAGGACAUAUCAAUGGGAAAACCUGAUGGCAAAAGAGCUUCUCGAGGAAGCAAGGUUAGUGUUCACUAUACGGGGAAGUUGCAGAAGAACGGCAAGCAAUUUGACUCUAAUGUUGGCAGAAAACCUUUUAAGUUCCGUCUAGGUAUUGGAUCAGUCAUUAAGGGUUGGGAUAUUGGCCUCGAAGGCAUGCGUGUCGGGGACAAAAGAAGGCUUACAAUUCCACCUGCAAUGGGAUAUGGUGCCAGUGGUGCUCCACCUCAGAUUCCUCCCAAUGCAUGGCUAGUGUUUGACGUCGAAUUGGCCGAUGUUGCUUAAUUGACCUCACCUUUACGGAAAGUGCCAUUUUUGUAGACGUUUUGAGGCUAUAUAAUCUACACCCGAGUGUUUGGACUCAAAUUUUGUUUCUGUUAUUCAAGUGUGGUAUGUUAUGGGAGAGCAAGUGUAAAGUUUUAAUGUAAUUCAGAUUGGAACAGCUGAUUUUAUUUUAGAUUAUAUGAUCCUUAAUGAAAUAUGGAAUGUUUUACUCUGAAACUGUAUAGGCAGAACAAGUCAGCCUACCUCCUUUUGCACCUUUGAUUCAACAUGCUUCGACAGUUCUUUUUGCUGUUUUCUACUUCCUCUCUUUCGUUGUAAUUUCAAUAUUUUGACGUUUUGGGGACUGAGUUUGUAAAACUUCGAUAGUGUGUUGUAAACCUUGAUGAUAUGCUUUCAUCAAAAUCUGAGAAGAAAAGUUCUAAACAUUUAUAGUGGAUUGGGAUAUCAAAUGACUCGUUUAUACUUUCAA